AUGAUGGAGGGUGAUACCAGUGUUCACGCCAUCUAUAAAAAGGAUCCUGAAGAGUGGAUGCAGUUUGUGUAUAAACAAGUCACAGUUCUGGAUGAGGGUGGGGCAGAACAUACAGGCUGGGUGUUUACUAUAGACCCAGUUUCAGAAACCAUUGUCCUGGCUCAGUUUGAUCAAGAUGGCAACGUUAGCGUUGACAUCAUUAAAGGCAGCACUGUGUCAAAGAUUACUGUUAUCAAUAACAAUACAGAACUGUAUAGAGUUCAACUUGAUCAGCUGUUCAGGCCAGCUUCAGCCUUGGCUUUGACCCCUGACGAAAUGAAGAGAAGACAGCUCUUGCUAAAAUCAUGGCUGGAAAAGAAUCGGAUUCCAGUUACAGUUGAUGGAGACAUUUUGACAAUUGCAGAUGCUCUCUUUAUUGAGCCACCAUAUGGGUUUGAAAACUGCCGCAGUACAAAUGAAAUUGUGCUGGGAAGAAUUCAAGGCUUGAUAAAAAAUAUGCCUGAAGAUCAUGACACAUGGUGAUAAAUGUCGCAUGUAGAUUCCUACUUCAUUUUCAUACAUCUGCAAUUAUUUUCGCCAAAGUUGUCAUGAAAUAUAUCAGCCUCUGGUCAUAUAUAUCAAAACAUAUUGUUGUCAUAUAUUAUAACGUUUUAUUACGUCAAUUUUUUUCAAAAGAGAACAUGCUGUUCAUCUGAGCCAGUGUUGAAAAGAACAGGGCAUCUGGGUUCUGGUUCCCCUAAAUGUGUCAGCUUCAUACUUGUGCUUGUAGGUUUCAUAAAAGUGGUAACUAAAUACCUGAGUGAGUGAGUGAGUUUCUAUUUAACGUCACAUCGGCAAUAUCUCACUCAGUCAUAUCGUGACGAAAAUACCUGAGAGUACUUAUUAUCCAUAACCCGUGAUGGUCCGGGAUAGAAUUGAUCUUCAGUAACCCAUGCUGGUCGUAAGAGGCGACUAACAGGAUCGGGUGGUCAGGCUCGCUGACUUGGUUGACACGUCAUCGGUUCCCAAU